AUGCCCCGGGCAGCGCCGAGCUCCACUGAAGCUUCGGCCCGGGCCGGGGGUUCGCCGCGGGCCACCAGCGGCGCGGACGCCUCCCUCCCCCCGCCUCCCCGCGCCGGCCUCUCCAAGGAGCCAAGCCCGGGCCCGGAGCUAUUGUUCGCGGCUGUGCUAGGCCGGCUUCCUGAGCCCCGCAGGAAAAGCCCCGGCGAAGGAGGCGGCCGGGGAGGGGGCGGGGCCGCCGGGCGAGUCCCGGGCCGCCGGGCGCACGCCGGGCUUGCCCAGGAGGCUCGGACGCCUGAGCCCCGCGUGCUCAGCCUCGCCCCUAGCACUGGUCCUACUCCCGCCUGGCGGCGGCCGCCUCCUCCACCCCACCCUGUUCUCAGGUGUGUGAGCCGCGCCCCGCUCUAG